CACAUAUUUAAAAUGGAUUAUUUGUUACCAAUAUGUAUCAUUUUGCAAAAGUUAUUAUUGCAGUGUUAGCGAAUGGAUCUAAACCUUUAUGAAAAGUCUCGUAUUAAAAACCGUUCACACGAACGUGAUCUCAUACAGAAAAGUUUAUUUACUAAUUGGAUUAAUGCUCAAUUAGAUGGAGUGUACCCAUCAGAAUUUCUUACCUAUUUGUCUUAUCCAAAUGAUCCGCAUAACAAUUGGACAUGUUAUAGUGGAUCCUUCAAUACAUCAAUGCCACGUUCUCCAUCACUGCAUACCUGGCAGUCAUCACCGUGCACACAUAGAUCUCAUUCAACCGGACAUGCAUAUCUAGUCAAAGAAUUAUACAAUGAUUUAAGAGAUGGAAGAAUUUUAUUACGUUUACUAGAAUUACUAUCUGGAAGACACUUUGCCAGAACAAAUCAUAGUCAUAUGAGAAUUCAUCAACUGGAAAAUAUUAAUAGGGCAUUGGAUUUUCUUUCAGAAGAAGGUGCACAUUUAGAAAAUGUUGGCGCACAAGAUAUUGUCGAUGGUAAUCCAAGACUAACCUUAGGUCUUAUAUGGACAAUUAUACUGCACUAUCAGGUUCAAGACAUUAUUGUUAAAGAAUCCGAUGAAACUGGUGAAGUUCGACAUGCGAAGGAUGCUUUACUCCUUUGGUGUCAGUUAAAAACUGCUGGAUAUCCCCAGGUUGAAAUCGUUGAUUUCACAAAAAGUUGGCGAGACAGUCUAGCGUUUGCAGCCUUACUGCAUAGACAUUAUCCAAACCUUAUUGAUUUUGACGAGAUACGCUGCAUAGAAAAUUCUCAAGUGCGGUUGGAAAUUAUUUUCCAGCAGGCUUAUUUACAUUUAGGAAUACCCAUAUUAAUUGAAUCAAAAGACUUCAUCCAAACAUGCUGGUUAGAAGAACGAUGUGUACUGACACUUGUGGCCACAUGGUAUAGAUGUCUGACAACGUCACACAGCGCUCAGUUAUCCUGUGAAAGAGUGACGAAAGUUAUACAACAGAGUCUGGCUAUUAGUCACAGAAUUUUUGAAUAUAUGAAACAGACUAAACGCUGGUUAAAGUGGUGUAGCGUGAACAAUAAGCUGUUAAAUCAACUGCUAGUGAAAUUGAACGCAACUGAUGCAAUCAGAAAUGAGCUGGAUGUGAAACAAGAAUUACAAAAUUUACUGUCUUGGCGACAAAAAGAAAAAGCUGAGAAAAUGUCCGACUUAGUCCAACUGGAAACUCUUUUGAGUGAAAUUCACACCAGUCAACUGGCAGCGUCACAUCGAUUAUUUAAACCACCAAAUGGUCUUCAUUUAAACGAUCUGGAAGAGUCGUGGAAAUCUCUGACUAUUGUUGAACAUAACUGUCAUUUGGCUAUUAUUGAUGAACUACUGCGAAGAGAAAAUUUGGAGAUUUUAGGUCAAAAAUAUGAGCGUAAAACAGAAUUAUGCCUCACUUGGUUACAAGAGAAUAUUCAGAUAAUCAGGAUAGCAUCAAGUACAGAGGACAUGAAAUUUUUGGAACACAUGAACUCCUUGGAAAACUACUUUAUUAAUAUAUGCAGCAAACAAUUUGAUGCAGUAUAUCAAUUUCCACAGAAUGAAUUAAUCACUUAUCGACAUCAGAUCACAUCAUCACGACAUAAACAUGCCGCUUUAAUCAGUGACACUGAGACAUACGUUAAUUUAAAAUUACAAAGAUUAUGUGAGCUUUCUUCAAUUCUGACUUCAUCGAUAAAUUAUAGUCUGCGUGAUAAAUAUAAGAAACAAUGGAAUAUGAUCUUAGAAGGAAAUAGAAAACUGCAAGAUAAACUAAAUAGUCGUGAAAAUUAUCUGAAACUAUGUCAAGAAUGGUUGGAUCUCUUACUUCAACUGAAUGAUCAACUACAAAAAUUCGGAAUUAAAAUGCUACAGCUGAAACACUUAACAGAGGUGAAUAGAACAAAUUCAGUAGACACAUGCCUAGAUCAAAUUCAGAUGGAUAUGAAUCAGUUAGUUAUAUGGAUAGAAUCUGUUAAAGAUUUACUGAACAAUAUAACUAGUUCAGAGAAUAGACACAUUGAUGAUAGUGAAAGUGACGCUACUCCAAGAACACAUUUACAAAUGAAUGUAGUGAACAGUCUGAAUUACAUUGAAAGGUAUCGUUCAAACUUGGAAAAGAAUUUGUGGGAGACAAGUCAGUGGAAUGUAGCAGUGAAAAAUGUCUACCGUUUAUUAAAUGAGAUAAAUGAAGAACUUUUGUGGAUUAAGGAUCAAGAAAAUUCAAUUGAACCACCGAAUUUUAAUAAGAAUGAGUUAGCUGAGCAUUUUUCAUGUGUUAGCAUAACAACACAUCAAUUGCAAAGUAAAUCACGUCUACUUGACGCUGAACUUCAAUCACGAUAUAAAGUGAAUUAUUUUCACCACUCAUUUUUAGUAUCAAAUCAAAGUUUGUGCAAACAUUUACAACAGGUUAUUAGUCAAAUAAACCCUGCAGACUUUUAUCAAUUAAGCAUAGACGAUAUUAAUUCUCUGAGUAUUAUACACAGUACACAACUCUUGGAGAAAAGUCAAGAAUAUCCUGAAAAAAUGAUCAACGAGUUAAAUAAAUGUGUUUUGAUAAAAAUUUAUGAGGAUAUUUUGAAGUGUAUGCAAGAAUUAUAUACACAAAGUGACAACAGCAACAACAGCAAUGACCAGAAUAGUUCACCAAAUACAUCAGACACUUGUGAAGAGAUUAGAUGUAAAGAACGUCAAACAAAAACUAUAGAGUUUGUUGGCCUACUACAAAGAUAUUGGAGCAAAUUAUUAGAAUCAAUUAAAGUUAUACAGAACAAAUUAUUACAGCAUAAUCAUUAUUUAAAUGUAUUACAUAGUUUAGUGCUAGCAAAUAUGAAAAUUGAAGAAACCAGUCUAAGAAUAUGUGAAACUUAUAACAGUGUAAAUAUCACACUUAUGCUUGCCAACAAAACAGGAAAUGUUGAAGAAUUUGAAGAAGAUAAACAGUCACAGAAGGAAAGCCAAAUGGGAACGUUGUUGAAAGAACCUUUUGAUAUGUUGAAUGCACAUACUGCUCUUACUGUUGACAAAGAAGUUGUAAUUAAUUCAACAUUAAGGCAAAUGGAUCAUAUAAUUGAACAACUGAAAUUAUUCCCCAAACACUUGAUACGUUUAAGAAAAGAAGUGUCCAUUUUUCUGGUAUCAAAAUCAGUGUUAAAUGAAAAUGAUUAUGCGGAAUAUUUACGAUUGGAAACAAAAUUAAACAAUCUCAGUACGCAUAGACAACAACGUAAAGAGAUUCGGUUUCAGUCUGCACAUAAAGUAGACGAUGAUCAAGGAGAAGAUAAAAGUACAAGUUAUAGUGAUAAUGUUUCAGUAACUGGUGCACAAACUAUCAGUUCGUCAUUUGAAGAUGAAGUUGUCCCAGUAAUACACAAAUGGAGUAUUGAAGAAGAGGAAGAAAUUAAAGACGAAAGGCAAGAAGAGAAAGAUGACACACAAACUGAAAAACCCAUUGAACAAGGCGAAACCAUCAAUAUAAAGAAAGACGAUGGCCAAGAUGUGUCAUUUACAAAUGAAUCUGUCGAAAAUAUAGCAGUAUUUACUUCAGCUUUAUCGAAAUCCUCAUGUGAAGAACUCAGAGAAGAUAAUGAUAGUGAUGAAUACUUUGAAAAUGAUUUUAAAACACCAUUGAAUUCACCAGAAGCCCAUGAACUGAGCAUUUUACUAUUACCACAUAUCUCGACAAUUGCUUAUUAUUUACUAAAUCGCUUAGAUUUCAUUCAUAUGAAUUUAAAAGAUUAUGUGGAGGACUGCUUAAGACAAAGAGAUAUUUUAGAAAUUCAACGAAAUGUUUUACGUCUUGUUGAUAACGUUACAUCAUUAGAAAGUUGGAUUGAAGAAAAAGAGAAGAUUUUACUGACCUUCAAUCCCAUAAUAUAUCCUUCAGUGAAAUUUAUACAAUCCUUACCGAAACCAUGCCCAAUUGUCGUUACCAAAGAAAUUAUUCAGUCAAUAUCUCAAUUAUCUGUGCAGGCCUAUAGAUUCAAGACAUUUGAGAAUGAGCUGAAAAGUCAUGCUAAUCUACGGCUUAGUGAAAUUGGAAUGCUUGAUCAAGGCCUAUGUGACACUUUUAGUAAACUCGAUAAGGAAAAGGAUAUGGACAUUUUGCAUUUCAUUAAAGCAACUAUUAAAAUUAAUUCCCCAGGGGACGAAUACGAUGUAGAUGAGGAUAAUGAAGACGAAGACGAAGAAGAAGGCAGUGAAAGCAGAGAUGAAUUCAGUCAGGAAACCCAUGAAGAAAUCCAUUUUGAAGACAGUAAUAAACAAGAGGAGGAAGAAAGUCCACAUGAAAAGAAGACAGCUACUUACGAUGCAUAUGAAGAUGAAGAAGCCGAUGACGAAGAGGUAGAGGAAGAAGAAGAACAGAGACAGCAACAGCGCCAUCGAAGAAAUAAAAUCGACAUCUUCAGAUCUAAGUAUUCAAAAUUAUUAGAUCAUGUAACUAAGAGGUGGCAACGACUAAAGAUCCUGAUUGAGGCACGUCAUGAAAGAUUUGAAUUGGCUGCAACCUUAUCGACAUUUCAUACUCUCUUUCAAAGUACAAAAGAAUGGAUUAUUCGCAAGAGAGAACUGCUUAUUUCAACCGAUGAUUUAGGUACAGACUUGAAUAGUGUUAUGCAAUUGCAAAGAAGGCUAAUGGGAUGGGAGAGAGAUUUUAUAGCAUUACAAGGUGAAGUCGAACAUUUAAACGUUGAAGGUGAAAAGCUGGCUAAAGAACUUAUUGACGAAGCACCGCAAAGAAGGGAUUUAUAUUUGAUUUCUGGUGAGCUGUAUGCAUCAAAAGAAGUAGGGGAGUUAAUAAAAGAAUUAAAUAAAGAGUGGGAAUCAUUGCAGUUGGAGUUAAGAAAUCGUCAAGAUAAAUUGCUCGCUUCAGCUGAGUUACAACAAUUCUUCCAGGGUUUGGAUGAUAAUCAACUGUGGUUGCGCAACAUUGAAAUAAGUGUAGCAACGCAUCAGUUGCCCCAGUCUGUUGAAGAAGCAAAAAUUGAACUAGAUUUACAUAAAGAACUCGGCGAACAGAUUUUAGCACGUAAAGAAGAAUUUGCUGACUUAAUCAGUUAUGGACGAUGCAUUACAGCCGGUGAAACUGAUAUCCAUUAUGUACAGCUGGAUCAACGAUUAGAUAGAUUAGAAAAUGGCUGGUCUGAAUUAAUGCAAAUGUGGACAUAUCAACAAAAAUUAUUACAGCAAGACGUCAAAAUUCAGACUUUCUUUCGUGAUGCGCAUUCAUUUGAGACGUUGUUAUCAACACAGGAAAAUAAGCUAAUGAGCUAUCAGCUGAUAAAACAAAAGGAUACAACAACAAUACUUUCAUCUUUGGAACCACAAAAUGAAAUUGUCCAGUGUUUAAUUAAAGCUGAAGAGACAUUGAAUUAUUUAUGCGACACAGGGAAUCAAUUAGUCUUUGAACGAGUAUAUUCAAUGGAUAAGAUACAAAAUAAAAUCUUUUUCAUGAAAAAUAGGUAUACCAAACUGCUCAAUGAGGCUCGUGAGCAAGUGGAUUCAACUAAAGACAUGAUAGCUCUUCGUGAAGAACUUCAACAAAUUCAAAUUCUGCAAGAAUGGCUAACUGAAAAGAAAGAAAUCACUGAAGAGUGGGAUGAAACUGGUGUUUUAUCGAAAAAAGACUCUUUAAUCCCAUACAGAGUAUUUGUAAGCAGACAGUAUGCUCAGCAUCGCCAAAUGGAAAAUGAACUUGAAUUCAAUAAUGAACGUGUUAAACAAGUUUUCCAGGCUGUGGUCAACACUAUUGUUCAGUACCCGCGAAUUGCAGAUCAACUCAGUGAAGCUUUGGGCAAUUUAAUGGCGUUAUGGGAAAAUUUACGUAAAUCUAUGCGGGAAAGGGGAGCAUAUAUGGUUCAGUUACAUAGAGGAAUUAUAUUUGAAGAUGGGUGCAACGAGUUAAAUCGCUGGUUAGAUAAAUUCUUUUUGAAGAUUCUCACACGUAGACCACCUGAUAGUUUUAUAAAAUUUCAAGAGGAACACACUGAACAAGAUCCUUUAGUGUUGAUUGAAAAUCUGCUGGAAUAUUUAACAGAUGAAUGUGGUUUAAAUUUAAUUGAUGAAACAGAAUCUGUCGGUAAAAUAUUGGAGGAUCUUUUACAAAAUAGAUAUAUGCAGCGUAGCUGGACGAAAAAAGCCAAUGAACCUGUUUGUAUCAGUAUGAAUGAAGCAAAUUUACAUUUAAACAAAAUUACUGAACAUUUAAACGAGUUGGAUUUAAAAAAGAAACUGUUGGCUGAACUCUAUGAACAUUCAAAAGUUUUGUCAACUCUUGAUAGUCAAAUGAAAAAAUCCGAAAUAGAUCUAAAAAUUCAGAGAUUAAUCAGAAAAUUCUGGAAAAUUCAAAUAUUUAUUCAUCAACACGCUGAAGAAUUGAAAGCACAAAAGCACAUUUACCAACUUUAUAGAGAUCUAGAAGAUGAAAGGAUUUGGACACAUGAAAAACUUCUACUAGCUAAUGACACCUACAUAGGCCGUUCUCUGUUUGCUGUAAAUCAACUGAUUAGACAACAUCGACUUCUAGUGAAUGAAGUCGCCAACAGAACAAAGAGAACAGAGAUUACACUCCAGGAGUCGGAUAAAAUAAUUACACGGUUUCAGUCUGUAUUUCAAGAAAUCUCGAACAAUUCCUUUACAAGUGGUCAACACUCUACUCGGAAAACGACAUCAGAAAAGCGAACUGGAGAAGACACUAGUGAAUGUGCUGAAAUUGAAUUAUUGACGGACACAGGCAUUCACUAUCGAAUCCCUAGGAAAAUUCUUAAUGAUCUGUAUACAACGGCUAAUGAAUUUCGUCAUGAUUUGAAGAAUUUAGACAACCGACUGACAAGGCGUACAGAUCGUUUAAACAUUGGCUAUCAGUGUUUUAUGCAUCUCACUGAGUUCGCUGAAUUACGCGGUUGGCUGCAAGAGUGUGAAGAUCUAUUGCUGUUGGAAUCCAGAGCUAGUCGGGAUACAAUUACGGCUAAAACUGAACUGAGAAAACACGCUAAUAUAGAAUUCCGUGUAAAUAAUUUACUGGCGAAUUGUGUUCGAGAGUUUAAUGAUAAGUCAUUGAAACUACUGAACGAAUUCACAGAGAGAAAAGAAAAGCUGAAGAAUCAACUGGAAUUAAUAAAAACAAAUGAGAGUUUAGAACAAGGCGUUAAACACUAUUCUCAGUCUACAGUUUCUCAUACAGCUAUAGACGAGCUAAAAGGUAGUUCAACCGAAAAUUUAGUUAGUCGACGCAAACUUCGUGGUCAAAUUAAACAAAUACGAAAACGUGUUCAAGUGAUACAGUCCAUUCAACAAAUUAUGGAUCGUCAAUAUGCGAGUCUGAUAGAUGUAUGCGUACAGAAGCGGCAAAGACUGGAAGAAAUUUUAGCAUUGAACAUUGUUUAUGAAGAAGUUUCUGACUUAAAGAAUUGGCUUAAUCAACAAAUUCUCAUGGCUUCAUCAACGUACACUGGUCGUAACUUAAACGAAUGCGUACGAAUCAUCAAUCAAUUUGUGAAUUUUGGUGGAAAUCUUUUAGGCGAAUCAUUUGCAAGGUUUGUAGAAGUUGAACUGCGUUCACUUGAUCCUAUUGCGUCGUCCGAAUAUACGAUGAAUAUAAGUGAUCAGUUUGUACAGUCCCCUGGUUUUGCUGCUGAGCGUAUUGAACGAGUUAUGAAUAUGUGUCGGUGUUUAAUAUGCACAAAACAUUCAGAUUCACCACGUAUAGCAUUUUGGCAAGAUAUUCUGUCAGAAACAUGGGCUGACCUACGUGAAUUAAUCAAUUCAAGAGUCAAGUUAUUGGUUACAGCUGCACAUCGUUUUGUUUUUGUAACUCGAUGUUCAGAAACCCUCAAACUUGUUCAAGAAAAAUCAGACCAGUUGUGUCAGUCUAUAGGCAAGGACGUCCAGGUUAUUUGUAAACAGCUAUCUCUUUUGUCCGCGUUUGAACAGGAUGUACAGGCUCUGGAGCCAUUGGUUAAAUGGGUGGAAAAUGCAGCUGAUUGUCUUCUCCCUUUGUAUUCUGGACAAUGGGUUAAACGAUUACGCCAACCAAGAGAUAAUCUUCUUUCUGUUUGGCAUCAACUAAAAGAGAGAACAAAACUACGUCGGAUUCGAUUAAAACGUGCUAUAGCUUUAUACCGUUGGAUAUCAAAUUUGGAUGUAUUGUUCAACUGGAUUCAACAAUGUCAAAAGGAAUUAGAACGAAUUGAAAUGGAUAUCUGGAAUGUGAAUUCACAAGCUACGAUAAGAAAAGCUGAUAACAUCACAACAGAGAAUAUUAAAUAUGCUAUAGGUCAAACACUUCAGCUACAGGCUGAAUUGAACGCAAGACAAGAUAAAGUGAUGUCAUGUUUAGAUGAAGGUAAACGGUUGAACAUUGCCUUCAAACAGCCUAGCGGGAAAUAUUUUAAAUCAGAGUAUCAGCAACACCAUCAAGCAGAUGAACUGAAACCACAGUCAGCUACUCUUUGUACAAUGCAAACUGAAGAAGAAUCUAACACUUCUAUUGAGGAAAAGCAGAGACCUACUGCAAGCAGUCUAACUGUGGACGCUACCACUGAAAAAGAUGUCAGCAGUAAAUUGUCAUCUAUUCGACCAGAAUAUUCAGAUUAUCACUUAAAAUCAGUGCGAAUUGACGAGAAGCACGAUCAAAAAUCAGAUACAUCUUCGCUGAGUCAAUCGACUCUGCAAAAUUAUGAUCAUGUUGAAGAUGAAAAUGAUGAAAUCAUCCAAGAUCUUCAGGCAAGAAUGACCCAGUUGUUAACAUCAUGGUAUAAUUUACACAAAAAAUGGUAUCAGAUAUGCAGAAGACUAGAAUUACAACUUAGUAUAAAUGAAUUUGCCAGUGUUGCAGAUUCAUUGGAGAUUUGGUUAUCGCUUCAUUCAUCAGAGGUAGAAACUUCAGAAACAGGAGAUUCUAUCAAAGAGACACUAACUUUGAUUGAUCGACUUGAAAUACUCGAACGAAAUUUACUACCACAAAAAGAAAGAUACGAAAAAGUGAAACAACUCACAAAGUUCGAAAUAAUUGACAUUGAAGAGAAUAUGCUUAAUCAACCAAUAAGCUGUGUAAAUAUUAGUCGCAGUUCAGAUACAGAUGAAUUAGAAACAUUUUUAAAAUAUUACGGUUUGAAGCGAGGUGAGGAGUUAGAUGAAAAUUUGGAUAUAGUACGGAAGAUGGGUAGAAUUGAUGAUGGUUUCCAAGACGGUGUUGAAUUAGAUGCCAUCAGUAAUGGAGCGAUGGAAGGUGAAUCAAUUUCUAUAGAAACAUUCGGUGAUUAUUUGAUGCGAAAGCAUGAAUGGAUUAAUCACAAUUGUAAAUCACGUGAUCGUUCCUGGUAUGAACUAUACAUGGUGUUGAAUAUGUCGGUGAGACAACUAUUGGCUUACAAGACGAAGUCAGAUUACAAUGAAUCAAAUCCUGAGAGUAACACAUUUCGUGGAGAAAUGGGAUUAUUGAUUGGACCAAACCUACUAACCGCCAAUGAGACAUUAGAUUAUACAAAGCGACCGAACACUUUUCGGGUUACAGUUACCUCUACAGGCGCUCAGUAUCUAUUUCAAGCUCCGAAUUCUGAGAUUAUGUCAAAGUGGAUCACUUCAAUCCAAAACGCCAACCAACAAAAACGACCUACAUCUGGUCCAACCAUGAUCACCUUAUCAAGGCCUUCUGAAGAACUUGAAAGUCCACUGGUUAUUAUGGAUAUUCAAGGAACCCCAGCAACUUCUAAAAAAUCGACAUUAACACAAAUAUUACGGUCAAAAACAACACAACAAAUUUCCUGUAUAAGGAGACACAGUUCAGGUCAAGAUGACAAUGAUGUAGAUGAUUUUGUUCAGAGUAUAGAAUCAUCUCAAAUUCGAAUUAGGAGAUUCCCCUCAGUACGUACAAUGAAAGCCUUAUCUCCAAGACAAGUAAUGCGUUGGCUGACUUUCAAAUAUUCUUCUAUUUCUUCUGCUUCGUCUACUGCCAGUCAUCAAACUCCUACUCUACUUAGAAGCAGUACAUCGCAUAACAUUGAAAGUGAACAGUCUUAUCCAUCAGUUCCAGUUCUACGCAAAAGCCAAACAUCAGGUUCACUGCAUAAAAUUAGUAGAUUUUCAAUAUCGAAGAAAAGUUCUAAAGAAAUUUAAAGAUAUUUACUUAUGGUGUCACCAGGCAACAAUUCUAUGUACUGAAUAAUUCAAAUGUGUACUAGUCAUUCCUUCAGGUCUUUUUGUGUUAAUUUUUGUAUCGUUUUCGUUGAACACAUCAAGAAUGUUGCCUUUAUCAACAGUGUUUGUGCUAUCCUUAUUAUUAUAGAAAGCAUGCAAUGCAUUUCCACCAAAUCUGCUUAGAAAAUAAAUGUCGAGUUG